AUGGAGGCUUGCAAUUUGAGCUCCAGCAGCAAUUUCCGAGCCCAGCGUGUGCAGUCAUACCUGGCCUCCGAAUUUGACGGUGAUUCGAUUGCAGGAACCCUGGUCAGGUCUAAGCAAACCCCCACGGAUGUCAGCGAGAUUAAUAGGAGACAAUGCCGUGAGGAUCCAGAGGCACACAGCGAGUGCUCGCAGGCCUUGAAUCCAAGAGACAGACCCCAGAAAGAAUAUUACAUGCCUCAAACUAUUCCUAUUACCUCGGCUUCGGAAUCUCAACCUCAAUCCCCACCAUUGGUCUCUAACCAAGAACAACAUAGUAACCUCAAACCACUCCCAUACCAGACCAGACCACCAGGACUGCAAACCCCCACCAAUAAAGAACGGGCCACACACCCGCACGAACAACUCCUCAGCGCCCCCAAUACAACGAACGAGGGAGAUUCCUGCUCCGUGGAUCAGUCCCGUAUUUGUGACCAUAUGCCCUGUCCGAUUAUCGAUGUAAACCCGACACACUUCGGACCCCGGGCGGACUUGAAUGGUUUUCCUUUCUAUAUCGAGUGGCAACAAUUCAGUUUUGUCGACGGAAUAUGGAAAUGGUAUCCGGAACGCGUUGCGCUUGUUGAACUGGCAGAAAAAACACUUCAUCGAAAAUCCGGAGAGAUUCACAGAUUGCUGGAACAGCCCUGUGUAGCCAAACGCCUAACCGAAAACCCGACUGUUGGGUGGCCAAGGGUGGUUUUCCUCAACAAUGUUAACUGCGUGGCGUUUUCGAUAACAGGAGCAACAAUUGGUCUUGAUAAAACACCGGUUACACUUCAAGCCAAUUUCUCGCAAUUUAUUCCUGAUACCCUUCUAAAUCUCAAUCCAUUUUCAACCACUACCUUGGGAGCGGCGUAUUGCACCGAAAGCCUCGCAAUUUCCGAUCCAAAUACUGCAGAGCCUAUGGAAGGUAGGAAACGUGGAACUGAGCUACUCCGCAACGCCAAGGGGGAGCAUGUCAUUAUAGCAAAGCAGGCCAUACUGGCACUCUUUCGCGUAGUGCGCUCGCGAACACGAGGGCCCUCAACCCCUUCCCCCCGCACAUUGAAAGAGCUUUAUCAAGCUGGUUUCAACGGCCUCAAUGCAAGGACGUGUCGAGACCUUCUAUACAAGUGGGUGGCUAUUUUGAGGGAUGCUAAAAGAUCGCUAUAUAUAGAGAGACCAAUCUGGUGGCCGGAGAACGUCAGAUACGCGAGUCCUCGCGAGCUGUAUGGCCCUGAGAUCAAAGUAGUUCUCUUCCAUCUAUUCUACGGAGAAUACGGUUAUGCUCCCCUUAGGGAAUUCUACACCGCCGGGAGAGGCAUCAGGAUGAAAGACAUAGAACAAAAGACUCUAUCAUGGGCUUUCUGUAUUCGGAGAGCUUUCAAGGGCAAUAUAAUGUUACGACUACCCGAGGGCACUACGGUCUCCCAAUAA